AUGAUUGAGAGCGAAAGACUAAAGUACAUCCGGAGGCAACAAGCGAACCUUCACUCUGAAACAUUUGAGAAUCUUGAAAAGCAUAAAUCUAAAGUUAAGGAAGUUUUAACAGAUACUGGAAAGCCUGUUAUACUUCCUUCUCCAUUUACUGGUGGUGCAAGAUUCAUGCACAAAAUUACCUCGAUGCAAUGGCCUUAUUGGCCAGAAGUAAAAAGAUUUCUAAAAGAUUCAACCAUUAAAGCCGAAGACAUGCCUGACAUAUUGUGUCGAUUGUUUAAAAUGAAGCUUGAUUCCAUACUCAAAGAUUUGAUGGAUUCUAAAUAUUUUGGUGAGAUUAACGCUGAAAUUCAAAAGCGUGGUCUUUCUCAUGCACAUAUAUGCUUAUUCAUGAAGGUCGGUUACAAACUUCCCACCAUAGAUCACAUAGAUCCAUUUAUUUCUGCCGAGAUUCCCGAUAAAAAAGAAGAUCCUGAACUUUAUUCUUUUAAAUGUGGGAAUGCUAAUUUGAAUUGUCCUUGCAUGGUUGAUAAAAGAUGUUCAAAAAACUUUCCGAAGAAAUUCACACCACAUACAACUACUGAUUCAAGUGGUUUCCCUGUAUACAGAAGAAGAGAUUCAGGUCAUACAGUUAUAAAAUCUGGUGUUAGAUUAGACAACAGAAGUGUUGUUCCUUAUAACAAAAGGCUUUUGAAAAGAUAUCAAGCACACAUUAAUGUUGAAUGGUGUAAUCAAGCCGGUUCAGUGAAAUAUAUGUUCAAUGAUACAAAUCCAACCAAUAAGGAAAAGCCAAAAGACGAGAUCAAGGAGUAUACUGAUUGUAGAUAUAUUUCAGCAUGUGAGGCAUCGUGGAGAAUAUUCUCUAAUGAGGUUCAUUGUAGAUAUCCUGUUGUUAUGAGGCUUCCCUUCCAUUUGUCGGGCCAACAGAAUGUUGUGUAUGGUGCGGAUGACGAUAUUGAUAAUGUUUUAAGCAAGCCUUCUGUUGCUUCUUCAAUAUUUGUGCAAUGGAUGAAGUUGAACGAGACAAAUGAAGAUGCUAGAAAGCUGACUUAUGUCGAUUUUCCUUCCAAAUUUGUUUGGAUACUUAAAGAUAGAUGUUGGCAGGUACGUAAGAUGUACCAGUGUGUUGGCCGGAUACAUUCUGUAUCUCCUACAUUGGGCGAACCUUAUUUUUUGAGGAUACUACUCAAUAAAGUUAAAGGGCCUAGAUCAUUCGAGGAGAUACGUACAGUUAACGGCCAAUUAUUCCCGACUUUUAAAGAUGCUUGCUAUGCGAGGGGACUCUUAGAUGAUGACAAUGAAUACGUUGAGGCCAUUAAAGAAGCAAGUUUUGAAGGACAUGCUGGGUAUCUCCGAGUGUUAUUUGCUACACUGCUUUUGUUAAGUACUCUUUCACGGUCAGAAUUUGUUUUGGAAAACACGUGGAAAUACUUAGCUGAUGAUAUUGUUUAUAGACGUUUAGUGCUUCCUGAAUAUCAGAUUAAGAACCUUACUUUGUUUAAAAUUGAAAACUAUUUAAUUUCCAAUGGUUCAUCAUUACGAAGGUUUCUCACUAUGUCGUACCCUGGUGACAAUUCCUUACGUGAUGCUACUAAUCGUCUGAUCAAUGAAGAGCUGUCACAUGACGUAGAUGAAGUACAAGCUGAGUUUAACAGGUUGCAUCAAUCUCUUACAGAUGAACAACGAGCGGUUUUUGACGAAAUAAUGGAAGCAGUUGUAGGCCGUAAAGGAGGCCCUUUUUUGUCUAUGGUUACGGUGGAACUGGAAAAACCUUCUUAUGGAAGACUUUGGCUUCAGCUGUUCGAUGUAGAAAGGGAAUAG